GGUAUGUAUAUAAAUGAUAAAGACUCUCCGCUCGACUCCCAAGCGCGCCCAGGUAUCCACGAGCACUGAGUCAGGUAGUCCCUUUUUAUGACUCACCUGGUAACGUAGAUCAUAGUACCUUUGCUUUGGGGUGGAACAAAUGAGUCAGAACAAUAGAAUAGAAGCUACUAUAGAAGCGUCACCAUCAUUCUGGAUUCAGUUUAGCUUCGGCUUUUGCGUAGGACGCAUCGUGAAUAUUCUACAGUUGCAAAAUGUCAUCGUAUCCAAAAGGUGAUCAUAACACAUCUGAAAGACGCCAAAAGCCACGGAAGAGAUCUUUCCAUGGGAAUCAGUUUACUAGCAAAGAUGCAAGUGAAACCGCGGGUCCGAGUGCUAGCGCGAAAAAACUUAGUACUGCUACGAGUGAAAACGUUCGCGUGAAUCCGUUACACUGUUAUCGUUUCAUUGAAUUUUUCACUGUAUUCACGGCGUUGUCUGAUAUCCUUAUUUGUGGGAGUUGCAAGCAGAACAUAAAAUUUGAAGAAACUGGAAUCAGAGGCCUUGGUUUUAAGAUUGUUGUCAAUUGCCGAUGUGGACGAAGAGAAAUAAAUUCAGGUCCCUUCAUCAAUACUGGUUUUGAAAUCAAUCGUAGAAUUGUGUUCGUCAUGCGUCUCUUAGGCAUAGGUAGACAGGGGUUAAAUACAUUCUGUAAUUAUAUGGAUAUCGGUAGCGGUUUGGCUGAAGAAAGUUACAAUAAAAUUUACAGUCAUAUCCAUGUGGCUUCGAAGAAAGUGUUUGAAUUUUGCUGUAGAAAAGCUGUAGAGGAGGAAAAGACAGAAAAUGAGCAACGCGAGAGACCACUACUGGAUUUAAAAGUAUCUGGUGACGGUAGUUGGAAAAAACGUGGCUUUAAAUCGUUGUUUGGCGUAACAACUCUCAUAGGGUAUUAUUCUGGAAAAGUCGUCGAUAUGAUGGUAAAAAGUAGUUAUUGUCAAGCGUGUAUAUAUUGGAAAAAUAAGCCUCAAAAUACAGUAGAAUACCAAGAGUGGAAAGAAGAACAUGAUGAAGAAAACUGUGCACAAAAUCACCAUGGCUCUUCGGGAAGCAUGGAGGUAGAAUCAAUCAAAGAGAUGUUUUCGAGAUCAGAAGAACUCUAUGGAGUGAAAUAUGGAAAUUACAUUGGUGAUGGUGAUUCCAAAACUUUCAAUGCAAUCCUGAAACUCAAUCCUUACGGCGAUGAGUUUCCAGUUUGCAAGAGCGAAUGUAUUUGCCACGUUCAGAAAAGAAUGGGGACUCGCCUGCGAAAUAUCAGGAAAAAAGAGAAACUAAGUGGCAAAGGAAAAUUGACCGAGGCUUUGUUGAAGAAACUUGCCACUUAUUACGGAUUGGCAAUUCGGAGAAAUAUUAACAGCGUGGAGGACAUGAAAAAGGCUAUAAUGGCCACAUUCCAUCAUCUGCAGUCUACAGACGAAAAUCCGCGACAUGAAAACUGCCCGGAGGGAGUCGACAGCUGGUGCAAUUGGCAGCAGGCUACAGCUCUCGGAACGGAGCCUGAGCCACAUCCACCCCCAUUACACCCGGAUGUACAAGAGCAUAUUCGUCCUAUAUAUGAAGAUCUAUCAAGAGAGGAUUUAUUGCAGAGAUGUUUAGGCGGUCAUACGCAGAAUGCAAACGAAAGUUUUAACUCGACCGUUUGGCUAUUCACUCCAAAACAUCUCCAUUCUGGGUACAAAGUAAUCGAGGUAGCGGCCUUUUUUGCUGCUAUUUUAUUCAACGAAGGAAAUUCAGCCCUACUCAUGGUCAUGAAUGAAUUACAAAUCGUAGUUGGCAGGCAGAGCUACGGAUAUGUUGAGCAAAUGGAUCAGAUUCGCGUGGCUCGGCAAAAUAGAAGAAACUCAUUAGAGACAAAAGCAGCUCGAACAGCUCGUAAAGAGGAAAUGCAAGCUGCAAAUGAGUUCCAUGAGGAAGAGGAAGGACUGCUGUAUGGUGCUGGAAUCGCUGAUUAAUCGAUGCUAAUUGCGAGCUGCACGAUUCCCGCAAGUCGACAACGACGAUGAGGACACGCCAAGGGACACAGCGGAUUACACCUUAACCGUUUGCGUACCACGAGCCACUUUCGCGCUCUUCAGAUUUUGUGUCGAGAAAAGCCAGGGCAUUUGGCCGAAACAGACAAUUGACGGUCCACCCGAUUAUUUACCGCAUUAAAUAUGACAAGCGCUAUCGCGCUCUUCGGCUUUUUUCGACACGUAACCGGAGGAGCGCUAUCGCGCUCUUCGGCUUUUUUCCACACAUAAUCGAAGGAGCGCGAUUGCGCUCCUUGGCGUUUUUCGAUCGUGUUUUUUCAAAACCCUCUGGUACGCAAACGGUUAAUACAAUGGAUGAAACAACUUGAAAAAAUUACCAGAGAUAUAUGAAAAUAUGAAAAAAUUAUUGUUUGAGUUGCGGAAAUUUCCGUUUUUUUUUUCGCAAUAAAAAAAAAUCCCAAAAAUCAUCUAAUUUUCGGUCUCCUAAAGUGGUUGCCCCCCUUAAGCACCGUGAAAUCAAAUUCAUCUUCACUUGAAUUUAUUUCAGUAUUACGUUCCAUGUUUUUAGGGAUCAAAAACUUUAACUUUAGUAGUCUCUCUGCCAUGACUGUCAGGUUCGAACUAAUGCCAAAAAUGCAGUCCAGUUCGUGGUUGCGGAGUAAUUUCAGAUAAGAAAGUCUUAUCUCCAUUUGAAGGGGUGUCAUUUUACACUUCAUAAGAUUAUACAGAAAGAGCGUAGGAACCCGCGUCGAAGAAACUAAACGUAAACAGUUACUGCCGCGCAUCGAGUUACCGCAGCAAACCAAGUGGUGAGCGAGAGGCACCUCUCCAGUUGCGGCACCAAACCACAUGGUGAGUGAGAAUCACCUCUCGAGUGCAAAGGAUUAAGUUUUUCAGGUUUUAUAUUUUCAUUUAGAAAUCGGAAGCCUUGUUUCCAAUAUUCCAUCCGUGACAAAUAUAUUUCCAUAAUUCCCGUUUCAACUUGUUGUUUUUGUCCCGGUAAGAUGUUCACUGCUGAUGGAUUCCACGGAUAUUAACCACAUUUCCGAAAUCCAUUAGAUAGAAUAGAUGCAGUUACAUUUUUGUCAAUCACUUCUUGGAGCAACUUCGGAAAAUCUUUUCUUUUUAAAACUGGGGCAUCAAGAUUGUUAAUUCUCCAUUCAUGUACUUUCUUUUUCCAGUUUUCUUUGAGUGUUCUAAAAACAGCAACAUCCAUGGGCUGUAUUAGAUAGGUUGCAUUAGGGUAAAGUGCCACCAAAAUAAUACCGUGAUUAUGACAAAAACUGGCUUGUUUGAAAGCUUAAACGUGAGUCAUGUUCAUCAAUAAAAAGAAUGACAGGUAACGUUGCUUUUGUUGCUACCAACCAUGGGUGAAAUAUAUCGACAGCGAACUCAAAGAACGCUUCACAUGUCAUCCAACCUGAGUCACUUUUACCCAGGCCUCAU